AUGGUGCAAGAUAUUGAAGUAGACUCUGAGGGAGAAGUCAUUCAGUGUUUCAUGUUAGUAGACUAUGAAACACUGAGAAUUGAAAAAGCUCUCAAGAAGAGAGUGUGGUUGAAGGCCAUGAAAGAAGAACUUGAGCUUCUGAAAAGAUUUGAACUGCUGAAUUGUAAGGUUGUUGUCACACCACUAAAAACAAAUCACAAAUUGGAUUCUGAUUCUGAAGGUGAUGUUGUAGAUGUCACAACUUUCAAGAAAUUGGUUGGUUUUCUGAGGUAUCUGUGUAAUACUAGACAUGACAUUUGUUAUGCAGUUAGAAUGGAUCUGGAGAUCAAGGUAAACAAAACUCUAGAGUUGAUGAUUUAUAACAAGUCUGCAAUCAAUCUUGCCAAAAACCCAGUGUUGAAUGGGAGAAGCAAUCAUAUUGAGACUAAGUAUCAUUUUAUGAGAAAUUAG